CAAACAUUGGACAAAAUUAACCGAGACCCGAAUUUAUUGCCGAAUCUGACGCUCGGGGUGGAAAUCCGAGAUGAAUGUUGGAAUGCCCCCGUGGCCCUGCAGCAAAGUAUCGAACUCAUCAGGGACGCUAUCACGCCGGUGUCUCCGAUAGAUUCUUGUCCUGGCAGCGAAGGGUCCGACUCGACUCUCAACCAGGCGGAUAGCAGGGGGCCCUUGAUUGGGGUGGUGGGACCAGGCUCCAGUUCGGUGGCUCUGCAAGUGCAAAAUUUGCUGCAGCUCUUUCACCUGCCCCAGAUCGGAUAUUCAACGACUUCUAAGGACCUCUCGGACAAAAGUCGAUAUAAUUAUUUCCUGAGAGUUGUCCCUUCCGAUUAUUAUCAGGCGCAAGUUAUUUUGGACAUCGUUAGGUACUUUGGCUGGAAGUACGUUUCUGCUGUUAAUACAGAUGAAAAUUAUGGUCAGUCAGGCAUUCAAGCCUUUCGAGAUCUAGCAGGAGAAGAGGACGUCUGCAUAGCUAGGGAGGAUUCGGUGCUGAGCAAUGCGGCGGAAGAGGUGUUCGAGAAGGUCGUCCUCAACUUGAAACAGGACUCUAACGCUAAUGUGGUCGUCUGUUUUUGUGAGGGUCUGACCGUACGCGGACUACUGAAGGCCACAAGAAGGCUCAACAUGACCAACCACUUUUUAUUCAUUGGAAGUGACGGUUGGGCAGACAGGGGCGAUGUUGUUCAGGACUACGAAGAAGAAGCCUGGGGUGGACUGUCGAUAAGAAUCCAUUCGCCGUACGUUAGUUCCUUCGACAGUUACUAUUGGGCCCUAAAGCCACAAAGCAACACCCGGAAUCCUUGGUUUAAAGAGUUCUGGGAGUCUCGAUUUUCCUGCACGUACUAUUUCGAAGAGAUCUUUUCCUCUUUGGCUAUAAAUUCAUCUUCGAACUAUUCGGAAUCUGACGGCACAGUGGUUAACAAUACGGUGUUUGAGGAACAACUUCAAAAUUUCUGCACCGGUAAGGAAAGCCUGACUGAAAAAUACGGGCAGGAUUCCAAGCUCAGCUUCGUUAUAAAAGCCAUCUACACGUUGGCUCACGCUCUCCACGACAUGCAACAGGACGUGUGCGGCCACGGAUCAGUCGGGAUGUGCGAUAAACUCCUGCCCUUUAAUGGAUCCCUAUUUAAGAACUACCUAAUGAACGUAUCCUUCGUCUACGACGAGGAAAUAAUAGAAUUUGAUGAAAAUGGCGACCCUCCAGGGCGUUAUGAUAUAAUGAAUUAUCAGAAGCUCGAGGACGGGUCAUUCGAUUAUGUGCAAGUCGGUAGCUGGAACAACCGCAGCCUAUUGUGGAACAAUUCGCUCUUAUUACAGCUCGGCCGCAAUGGGAGAACCGUUAAGUCGGUGUGCUCUGAGGAAUGCCCGAAGGGACAAUACAAAAAUGUCCAGCAAGGCGGAAAAGAUAAACGGUGCUGUUGGGUAUGCGUCCCGUGUCCUGCCGGAGAGGUUUUAGAAGAUGACGGCGGGAGCUGCAGGAAGUGUCCUCUAGGCUCUGCUCCCGACGAACAAAAAAUUGGUAAGAUGAUUAGAUCACGAAACAGACAAAUCCUUACAGCCCUCAAACCCCGAACACUAAAGCCGAAGUUUAGUACGCUGCUUUAUGUGCGACGUGUGCCAACUGGUAUUGCUGAAAACGGAAUAAAUAUUAUGUCAGCUUAAAUUCUAGAGGAUUAUAAAAUUACGCUGCUGUUU